AGGAACUCCAAAGCCUUGACAACAUUAGUACCAAGUGUACACUCAGUUGCAUAGCUGUUUUCUACUCUGCAUGAAGGAUGACAGCAUUGAGGGCAUAUAUGACCCUCUGAAGGAGUGCGCUGUUACAAGUAAAUCUGAGGAAUUGGGCAAGGAUGCUUAUUCUGCAAGGAAACUCUGGUUUGAGAUUCUAAUUUCUCAGAUUGAAACAGAAACUCCUUAUGAGCUUUUUAAGAGGUUAUUGAGUUCACAAGUCUUAACAGAAACUGCAGUGUGCAACGCAUGCAUAUAAUAUUUCCAAUGGGUGUUCAACUGUAAGGUCUCAAUUCAAAGCAUGUGAAGUUUGUUUGAUGUAUGUGUAAAAAUUUUUAAUCUUUUAAUUAAUUCCAAAGGGACUU